AUGGCUUUGUCCUCCUCAUCCGCCACGACCGCAAACACUGGCCUCCGAUCUAAAUCUUGGAAGAGGAUAGAGGAUAAAUGCUCGUCCCGCCUGUGUAUUUGGAGUGAAGCCACAUUGUUAAACGGGACCCUGUACUGGUUCACGGAGGAAAGGGGCGAGUUAAUUGCGCUAGAUCUGGCCACCGAGAAGUUCCGCAAGCUGCCCUUGCCAUUUUGUGAUAUGUCGUAUGUCUUGCAUUCCAAGGUUUUGGGAGGGCGUUUGGUUGUGUUUCAAGACGAAGAUUUGUGCACAGGUUGGGUUUUGAAGGACUAUGGAGCUUUGAAGCCGGAAUGGGUGAGGCUGAUGAUCACACCCAUGGGACUGAGUCUCAUCAAGGAGGAAACGCGACUUGUGAUUCCUCGCGACCACUUGAUUUUCCUCUGGGAUGUCCAUAAUCAUUCUAAGAAGCUGAUAAGGAAUGAAAUGCCGGUGAAACUGUAUGCUCACAUUGUUGGGGAAAGCAUUUUCCGAUUUGGGGUUAAGAGGAACUGGAGUGAGGUUGAUGAUAAGAGGUAG